CCAAUGCCGGAGCUCGAUCCUUCGUGCCCAUCGCUUGCCGUUAAACCCUAAAAUAACAAUAGGGGAGAGAGGAGAUUAAUUUUCGGGCUAGGUCAUGGCGCCCGCCAAGCCAGGCGAUGCGGCAUUCGCGAAUGUGGAUCAUGUGAAUGCAGAGCUUUUCACUCUCACCUAUGGCGCCAUGGUCCGGCAGCUCCUCACGGACUUCGAAGACGUGGAGGAAGUGAACAAGCAGCUCGACACCAUGGGAUACAACAUUGGAAUUCGCUUGAUCGACGACUUUCUCUCCAAAGCCAACGUCACAAGGUGCUCAGAGUUUCGAGAGACCGCAGAUGUCAUUGCCAAGAUUGGAUUUAAGAUGUUCUUGGGAGUGACUGCCACCGUCUCCAACUGGAACGCCGAUUUCACCGAGUGCAGCUUGGUUCUCGAUGACAAUCCCCUGGUGGAUUUUGUGGAGCUCCCGGAGACUUGCCAGGGCCUCUACUACUGCAACGUCUUGUGUGGAGUGAUCCGCGGAGCUCUAGAAAUGGUAUCCAUGAGAACCGAAGUAAAAUGGGCGAGGGACAUGCUUCGUGGGGACGAUGCGUACGAAUUGAGGCUAAAGCUCAUCGAGCAUGUCGCGGAAGAGUAUCCGUACAAGGAUGACGAUUAAACAUGCGUUCAAUGUGUUUAAUGGAUCAUGUGGUUUGAUUUAAACAACUUGAAUUAAGAAAAGCAAAGGAAAAACUAUUUAAUCAA